AUGAGUUCAGCGGUAGCGAUUUCAGCUGUAGCGUCUGAUGGAGCCGAGACUUCAAGGGCGAGGAAGACGUACACAACCAGCCAGCUGCGGUCUCUUUCGGAGUUCCCAAGGUGCAAGGAACCGCCUUCGGGAUUCGAUCCAUCGCCAUGGAGGGAUUUGUUCCGGUCCCUCAAGGCGUUCACGGGCCACCUCGCCGCGACUGGAACAACCAAGGCCGGUCGCCACAGGCGUACGAAGGAGGGCCGGAAUGGGGGAGAGACGGUCGGAGGUAUCCCGGGGGAACCCCUCCAUACAACGUCCCAGGGCCAGGAGGCCGUGGCGCUGGCCGUCCGAUCUUGGACAAAGCCGGAGGCAGAUCCCCUCACGAUGGAGCUUUUCCCUCAGCCCCUGGCCAGCCUGUCAGUUGGAGCUUCAGGUGCUGCAGCAGCUGGUGCGGGAGUUGCUGUUGGUGCUGGUCCGCCUGGGGAGAAGGAGCGUUCCGUCGUCACGAGACUGCAGCCUGGCUGGAAGACAGACACGAAUUCCCGCUCGCAUUUCUUCGAGCAGCGGGCCUUCCCCGACCGCACUUCCUCCACGGGCAACAACAGCAGCAGCAGCGCCAGCAGCCAAGCAGGAUGGAGCAAGGACGCUACCGGACCCUCCCCCUCCGCCUUUCCGUCUUCCUCCUCCGCCUCCUCGUCCGCCGGCCCCCCUGCCAGCCGGGCAUCUGACGCCAGCAGCAGCUGGAGAGCAGGCGGCGCAGGGGGACCAGGCGGAGGCGGAGGCGGAGGCGCGGGAGGAGGCGGAGGAGGGGGAAAAGCUGAUGGCACUGCUGGCGGUUCUGGCGGCGACUUUGGCCCUGGGAUUAGGCCGUACGGUGCUGCCUAUGGUGCUCCGCAUGCUGGUCCGCAGGGGGGAUCGUACGGUAGACCAUAUGGCGCUGCCAGUAACGCGUAUGGCCCGGAUAAGCCCAGCAGUGAUGGUGUUCCGCCGGGGUUUGAGGGGUCUGGUCCGGGGUAUGGGCUCAGGAGCAGGUACCAACCCGCGGGGAUGCUUGGCAGGGGCGAAAGAGGAGGAGGAAGCGGGGGCGGCAGGGGCUGGGAACGAGGCGGAGGAGAGAGGGGAGGGGGGUAUGGGCGGGGUAUGGGGGCGCGGGGGUUUGGGGGUGGUAUGGGGAGGGGAGGAGGUGGCGGUGAUGGCGGAUAUGCGUCUGGUGCUGCGCCCAGACAGAGGCCACGAGGAGAGGAUGACUCUGCACGCAAGCCUUACGUGCCGGGGGCGCCACUGAUGGUGGAGGACUCGUUCAACGAUGAGACUUUCGGAGGGAGCAGCAGAGAUGCCAGGCGGAUGGAGGAAGAGAAGAGACGCCGCGAGGAGUUCGAGCAGUUCCGCAGGGCGCAGCACCAGAAGCAGGGAGACGGACUUCACCCACCCUCCCCGCCCACCUCCACCACCACCACAGCCGCUACAGCCGCCGCAGGCACUGCAGGCCCAGCGGCCCUUCGCGCGGCCUCUCACAAGGCGCCGCUGUCUCAGGCAGAGCUGCAGCGCAGGAGACACGAUGAGGACUCUCUCUGGGACUCCCCUGCCCUCUCAGCAGAUCAGGAGGGGAGCUCCGCGUAUCAGGGCGGCGCAGCAGCCGAAGAGGACGACUCAGAGCCUCUCGCAUCGCCCCGUGCCACAGAGGAUUCGGAUUUGGAUCUGGAUUCGCGCAACGCAGCUGGUUUACCAGCAGGAGCAGGAGGAGGAGCAGCAGGGGGGGCAUUGGCAGCAGUGUUGGCACCAUCUGUGGCGGCGCUCAUGGGCCUGGCGCCCGCAGCUCCGCCUGGCUUUCCCGCUGCUGGUGUGCUGGAGGUGAAUGUACCUGCACCUGCACCUGCUGCACCUGCUGCUGCUGCUGAUGUGCCUGGGGUGGGUAGCUCCGGUGGAGGGGGCGAGGGAGAGAAGCUGGUGGCGUGGCUGGGAGGGAUCAUGGCUGGGGCAGGCUCUGGUGCGGGUGUUGGUGCGGACGCGGGUGUUGGUGUUGCUGCUGGCUCUGAGGGAACGGCAGUGGUGCGCUCUUUGAGUGGGUUUGCUCCACCUGGGAUUCCACCUGCCUCUGCGUCUCUCUCGCUGGAGGACGUGGAGAGGGAGCUGCAGCAGUCAGCAUCCCUAAACCCUGAUCAACUCAAGGAUCAACUCAAGGAUCAACUCAAGGAAGACCGCGAGCGUGAACCCAACACGGCCGCGGGCGUGCAUGCGUUGAGUGACGAGAGGGGUGGUGUUAAUGUGGGGAAGGGAGGAGGAGAGGAGGCAGGGCAGCGUCUCUCUGUGAACGACCUGUUUGCUGGGUCUGGGUUGGGGUCAGCAGGGGCUGGGAGCGCAGCAGGAAGAGCAGGGAAAGGUGGAGCAAGUGGAGGAGGAGGGGACACGCUGGGUGGGUGGCCGGCUCUGUCCGGUAGUGUGCUUGCGUCAGACCUAGAGGCAGAUGCUGGGGUGGUAGGCUCGUCUGGGGUGGAUUCUGUUGCAGCUCUGAGCGAUCCCCCUGCCAUGGAUUCUGUGGAUGAUGCUGCAGUGAGAGUGCUUGUCAAGGCUCCCAUGUCUCCUUCCCCCGCCAACCCUCCUAUCCCUGAAGGAUCCGCCUCCCCCAGCUGGUCCCUGCCUCCCGAAUCAUCCCUCUUUGAGGCCCUGUUGGAGUUGAUGCGAGGGGAGAAGAAGGGGCAGCAGCAGGCAGGCAGUGGUGGUGUGAUGGAUGGGAGCUCUCGGGAGGGGUUGUCAGGGUUUGUUGGAAAUGGAGUGGGAGGGGGAGGGAGGGAGGGCAAGGGCGGGAGUGGUGAUGCGUCGAGUGGAAAUGGCGUUUCGCUUUUGACGCAGCUGUUCACCAAUCCCAAGAGCUACGAAUCGAGCACGUUGGGAGAGGGGGAGACGCUGGGAGCGAGGCUGGCAAGCAUUCAGAGUGCCCUGCUCCAUGCCACAUCUGCACAACAACCGGACAUUGAGAGAGGGGGAGGUGGGACUGGUGGCGGUGCUGCUGGCAUCUCCCUGCCGUUUCCUUUCCCCUUGUCCUCCCAGGGUCCUCCAGGUCAGCUCGUGCAAGCAGACGGGUCGGGCUCAGGGGUGACGGUAGGGUCUGGAGGUGUAGGGGGGCCACUGCCAGUGAUGCCAUCAACGGUGCAGUGGCAGAGCUUGGCGGAAAUAGAGGCGUCACUGCUGCAGUCAGCCGAGGGGCAGGGGCAGGGGCAGGGGCAGGAGGAACACUUGAAAUCCAUCAAUUCUGCUGCUGGCUCUGCCAGUGCUGACAGCAUUGUCAGCUCCGAGGCCCAGCAUGCGCCUGGGCUGGGGCAGCUGCUGGUCCCUGGACUGCUGGCUGCUGGUGAAGGUACAGCUCAAGUGGGGGAUGGGUCUGACGGAGGUGCUCUGGGAGGGGCCUCUGCUGCUUCGAUUCAUCUGCUGUCGCUGCUGACAGGCGGGGCACAGGUAGGAGCGGGAGGUGGGAAAGCAGCUGGAGGAGGAGAAGGAGAUGUUGUGAUUGCAGAAGGAGCAGCUGCUGCAGCAGAAGCAGCUGAUGGUUCUGUUGCUGGUACGGGAGGUUUCGUGGCGAUGGGAGUAAAGGAAGAAAAGGGCAGCGCGACUGGUAGCGGUGGUGGCUAUAGCAACGGGUAUGUGCAUGGGCGAGUGGGUGUGCCUGCAGAUGCAGAAGCAAAUGCCGAUGCAGGUGGUGUUGAGAUUGCUUGUGAAAAGAAGAAUGCGAAAUCACCUGUUGCUGCUUCUGCUAAAGAAAUGGCAGCAGGUGUGGAUAAGCAGAUGGGAUCAGACGCUGGUAAGAAGAAAGAAGCAGGCGCUGGGGAUAAGCUGCCAGUAGCAGGUGCUUGUGAGCCUGCAAAUGCAGGCAGUAAGAGUGGGGAUGAGAAGAGUGAUAUGGAAGAAGGCAAGCAGGCGAGUGAACAACGCUCGUGUGAAGCUGUAGCAGCAAAGGGUGCUGGGGAUGCCACACCACCAGGAGCAAAAUCACCAGGAGCAGCAGCAGCAGCAGCAGCAGGAACAGCAGCAAAAGGAGUAGAAGGGCGAGAGGAGGGAGAAAGAGACAGUAGCAGCUCUGUAGAUGCGCUGCAAGCGAGGAAUGAGAUGGCAAAGCAAGAGCCUUGGCAGCAGCAAAUGCAGAAACCUGGCAUUGUGAAGCGGCUGUUUGGGUUCCUCCAGAGCACCCCCAACCCCCCCGCACCACCUGCUGCUGAUUGUGCUGCUGCUGCUGCCACUGCUGAGGAGUCAAAGCAGGUAGGGAAGCAAACAUCAGUGGGGGAUAGGAAUGAUGAGAGCAAUGUGAUGCAGGAGAGCAGGAGAAAGGAGGAGCAGGGGACGGCUGCUGUGAAAGGGAACAUUAGCAACAAUGAGUGUGUGGGUGUAAUUAGGGUAGUGGCUGCUGGCACUGGUGAGGUGCACAAUGGUUCUGAGGCGUUACAUAUGGGUGGAGUAUUGUGCGAUGAUGCAGGAGAGGAAGGGGGCUUGGGGGAGCAGAAGGAGGGGGGUGGAAAGGGAAGCGUGCAAGGUCCCGGCAGCCAAGGGCAGCAGCUGAACAGUGGUAACACGGAACUGCAAAAACACGACCAGGAGCAGGAGCCGCAGCAGCAGCAGCAGGAGCAGCAGCAGCAACAGCAACCUACCUCUCCUCCCUCCCUCCCCAUGCCGUUCCCAGUGAACCCAUCCAUAUCGCCCUCUUCACAGCCCCAUCCGCCCAUGCAUUCUCUCUCUCGCACCAUCCCUCUCCACAAUCCCAGCCGCCCCCAUAUCCCCAUCAGCCGCCAUUCACUCAGGCUGCCCAUUCUAUGGGCGAUUCUUACUCACAUGCUGUGCCUGGUAGUGCCCCACCGCCCUGGCUCCCAUUAG